AUGGUGUCGUUCAAGUAUCUUUUCCUGGCAGCCUCUGCCCUGGGAGCGCUGGCUGCUCCUGUUGAAGUGGAAGAGUCUUCCUGGUUCAACGAGACGGCUCUGCACGAGUUUGCUGAGCGUGCGGGCACCCCCAGCUCGACCGGAUGGAAUAAUGGCUACUACUAUUCCUUCUGGACUGACAAUGGUGGCACUGUUAACUACCAGAACGGCAACGGCGGUUCGUACUCAGUCCAGUGGAAGGACACAGGCAACUUUGUUGGCGGCAAGGGCUGGAACCCUGGAAGCGCUCGAACCAUCAACUACUCGGGCAGCUUCAACCCCAGCGGCAAUGCCUAUCUCACCGUGUAUGGCUGGACCACUAAUCCCCUUGUGGAGUACUACAUAGUGGAGAACUAUGGUACUUAUAACCCUGGAAAUGGUGGCACCUAUAGGGGCAGUGUAUACUCUGAUGGUGCCAACUAUAACAUCUACACGGCCACUCGCUACAAUGCUCCCUCCAUUGAGGGUGAUAAGACCUUCACCCAGUACUGGUCUGUGCGCCAGAGUAAGCGGACUGGCGGCACAGUUACAACUGCCAACCACUUCAACGCCUGGGCUCAGCUGGGUAUGAGUUUGGGCACCCACAACUAUCAGAUCGUUGCUACUGAGGGCUACCAGAGCAGCGGUUCCUCCUCCAUUACUGUCUAUUAA